AUGUGGGUUAUGGCUGGUUAUUUUAAUGACAUUAGGGAUAAUUUGGAGAAAAUAGGUGGUAGAAUUCUAGAUGAGUCUUCAUUUACAGAUUUUAAAAACUUCUUAUGGGAGAUUGGCGCUAUUGACUUAGGUUUUAAUGGAAAACCAUGGACUUGGUGGUGUUAUAGAGAAAACGAUGGGAUUAUUCAAGAAAGACUUGAUAGAGCUUUAUGUUCCCCUGGAUGGAGACUUCAAUUUAAUCAAGCGAACAUCAACCAUCUAGAAACGGAGGCUUCUGACCACUCGGCAUUACUUAUAAACUCUGAACCUAGCCCUAUAAAAAGGAAAAAAAGAUUCUUUUUUGAUAAAAGGUGGAGCGAAAUAAAAGAAGUAAAUAUAGCAAUUGAGCAAACAUGGAAUAGAAGUGUAGAAGGUAAUAAGCAAUCUAUUGUGAAUUUCAAGUUAAAAAGGUGUAAACUUGCUCUACUAGCUUGGCUUCGAGAUGGUAAGGGUAACUCUAGGGAAAAAAUUCAAGGGAUUAAGAAUAGGAUUGUUGAUCUAAAAAACGAUAUUAGACCUUUUGACAUUACUAAUAUGAAGGAGCUUAAGAAAGAAUUAGGUAAAGCUUACAAAGAUGGGGAAAUCUACUAG